AUGGAGGAGUACUUACAGUACAUGAAAACUUUACGCUCUCAUAUGAACGACGUUGAGGAUCAAGCAGCGAAGGUUUCUGUCGAAGAGCAAACACAGAUCACUACUAUUCAGACUCUGAAGAACGAGGUUGAUUUAGCUAAAUCUGAAACAAAGCUACUAAAGGAGGAUUCUGACCUAAUGAUGAAGGGAAAGGGACACAUAUGUUCUCAGAUUUUAGAAAGACGAAAUAAAAUUGCUUUGUUGGAAAAUGAUUCGUCCACACUUUCACAGACAUUGGAGCUUAUCCAACAGGAAAGAUGCAACUUGUCAGCCAAACUUGUUGAGAAGCGUACAUUCUAUGGCAUGACUGAAGAGGAGAUCAACACCAAAUUAAAAGAACAACAGGACUGGUUGGAUUCAUACAAGUCUAGCUCAGAGAUUGGAGACCAUGGUUUGGUCAACACACAAAUUGACCACAUGGAUACUAAAUCUUCAGGAAACUAUGAUGCUACAACCCUAGUCACAAGUGAAAAUCUGGAUGAUGCGUACAACAAUACAAUGACAAAGGUUGAUGCUGCCAAAACUAAAUUUGACAAGCUGACACAAAUGAGAUCUGAACUUGCCUCAGAACAUCACAAGGUGAAGGAAUCAUUGGAGAAACUGAAGGGUAGAGUUGAAAAUUUUAAGCCAAAACUAAGGGAUAUGCCUAGUGAGACCCUGGAAGAGGAGCUUCAAGCUCUUAUUUCUGACAAGUCUGGAGAAACUCAGUAUCAUGAAUCUAUGCAAAACCAAAUCGACACUAUUAAGGGAAUUUCACACAUGGUUAAAUGUGGUUGUGGAGAGGAGUACAAAGUAGAAGUGGAUAUUUGUUUGUAA